UGGCCGAUCUCCAAGCCAUGGAGUCGUCUUCAUUUUAAGUGCGUAUGAGCUGAAGCUCGCAGGAUCACGCGGCAGUCGUUCAGUAGUUCCACGAGCGCAGAUGAGAGUCCGGUAGAGGAACCGAACCGGGAGGAGAUUUUUUUUUCUUUUCUCUCUAUUGUUUGAAAAGUCUUUAGAUUUUCACUCAAUUGUUUUACAUUUAUUUACUAUAAUUACUAAAAACCGUAUUAAAACCCUGAACCCGAGACCUGAAAAAAGGGAUAUCCGUUUGUUUUGGGCGUCAGAGCAGAAGCCGGGGGGACAUUUGGUGAAGUUUGGAGAACCGUCUGAUCGUCCUGGAAAGUGAUGAGUGACUCCAAACAUCCGUCGUUUUCCUCCAUCGAGGAAGAGCGGGAUUACUGGAGGGAGCAAGCAGCUCAGCACCAGCAGAGAGCGGACGAGGCUCAAGACGAGCUGCAGGAGUUCCAGCAGAUGAGUCGAGACUACGAAGCCGAACUCGAGACUGAACUGAAGCAGUGCGAAUCGCGAAACCGCGAACUCCUGUCCACCAACAACAGGCUACGCGGCGAACUUGAAAGUUUCAAGGAGAAGUACGAGAUCCAGCAUUCUGAGAUGUACAGACGGAUUUCUGCCCUGGAGGGGGAUUUAGCCGAGACGACCGCCAUCAAGGACCAGUUACAGAAGUAUAUCCGUGAGCUAGAGCAGUCCAACGAUGAUCUGGAGAGAGCCAAAAGGGCCACCAUCAUGUCUCUGGAGGACUUUGAGCAGAGGAUGAACCAUGUAAUUGAGAGAAACGCUUUCUUGGAGAGCGAGCUAGACGAGAAGGAGAACCUGCUGGAGUCGGUGCAGAGGCUGAAGGAUGAAGCACGAGAUCUAAAGCAGGAGCUGGCCGUGAAAAAGAAGCAGGACCGUAAACCGUCCCUCAGCCUUUCAGUGGACGGAGAGAAGGUGGAGUCGACGCCGUCACACGCUCCCUCCGCUCAUUCCUCGCUCCUCACUACACCUCCCCGAACCGCACCAGGCCUCGGGAGUGUGUUUCACACACCACCGUCCUCCUACAGCAGAAUCGAAGGUCUGACCGGGACACCGUUAACGACGUCAGCACGGAUUUCUGCUCUCAACAUCGUAGGAGAGCUGCUGAGGAAAGUCGGGAAUUUGGAGUCAAAGUUGGCUUCGUGCAGAGAGCUACAGGUCCAGGAGCGAACUCCAAACCGCUCGGCGAUCGCUCAGGGUUCUCACAGCACGCCGAGGGAAGCGAUUGAGAACCAGUCCAACAGCAACAGUCUGUUUGAGGGGAUGGUGAAACGGCUGGAUUUUGGACCAAAAAUGGUGGUGUGACUGUAACCGCAUUCCCCCCAACACCCCUUUUCCUCUCCGCACACAUCAGGUGUGUGAUUGUCCUGCAUGCCUCCUGCUGAAUGAGGGUUUAACACUCUUUCACUCCGAGUGUGUGUAAACUCGCCUCUGCUUUAUUACUACUGCUAACAAAGAUAUUUCCCCUCCCCCGCUUUUUUUUUUACUGAUAUGUACAUGUAUAUUUUUUCACGUUUUUGUUUUUUUUGUUGCAUUGAAAAUGCGGUUAUCAUCACUGCACAGUUCAGCGUGUUUUCUGCCUUAAUGCGCCUUUAAGUGGACGACGGUGGAAGUAAGAAACGAGACGAUUGUAUGAAAUCUGAGACAGGAAUUCCUCAUUUGGUCUGAAUUUGAGACGCGUCCAAAACAUCCGUCUGUAGUUUCAUUUAUUUAUUUAUUUGUACGCUGCCUGGAGCUGCAGGGUGAAUUUACCUGAGAAGGUUGGAGUCGUGUUGGAAAGAUAUUACAUCUGAAUUAUAAUCCGCAUCAGUAGUAUCAGAGGAAGAUUGUUUUGAUGAUCGUUUUUUUUUUUUUUAUUAUUCCCCCCAACGUCAUCACUUUUAUAAAUCCCAGACAACUAAUGACCUCGCAGAAAGCUGUAAGCUCUCAGGUGAGCACAAACCGUCAUGCAAGUGAGUCGACUUCAGUGUGUGUGUGUGUGUGUGUGUGUGUGUGUGUGUGUGUGUGUGUGUGUGAGCAGAAAAAACACUGAACUGUGCAGUGCAGCUCAAACUGAAGGACUGCACUAUCGCCACAUGGGCCUUCGUGUACAAGGUUGAGCUCUAACCGCUCCGGCAGGUUCGGAAUGAACUGAGACGCGCUUUUCGGUGCUCCCGUAUCCCUCGUUACCGUACCUUAGAGUCAACAUCAAGACUUUUUUUUUUUUUUUUCCUGUAACCAGCAGCAGAUGGUCGUUAUAAAAGCACUAGCGAGACUCAGGACGCGCUUAAAAUAUCGAGAUUUAUAACGUUGCACACGUCUGCCAAAGUGUCAGGUCCUCACUUUGCUCAACGAAGGUUCAGGGUUCCACAGAACCGUUAAUCCAGGCUGGAUUUGACUUGCAUUGUGUAGUUUUCACGUGACUGACGUAACACUAAUUUUCUGUUUGGAAAUGUGGACGGGAGAAACGCUGAUGUUUGCGGGUUUUUUUUUUAUUUGCAUUUUCACAAACCUGUGCCUUAGGGGAAAAUCAGGAUCAUGUAUUUUUCUGUGUAAGGAAUAAAACACUGGUGUUGUACCUUUUUCAUUUCUGUUCAAGCCAAAAAAAAACGCCCAGAAACCGCAAAAAAAACCCACACUUCUGUCCUGUGUAACGGCUUCACUCUGUCUUGUCUUCAAAGCGCUGACACCGGAGACUCCUUCCACAAACGUUUUUACGGAUUUAAAGAUUCCCAGACGGACCCUUCCCUGCCACAGCGUAUUACAAAGAGGUGUUCUGACCAAUCGAGGACACGGAGGGCGUUUCUCAGCUUUAAAGCCGCUGAGACGUUUCUCUAUUAAAAUGGCCGACAUCCAAGAAAAUGUUUAUUACACUUUGUUUUUUAAAAAAAGAAAUCCUUUACGUGGAAUCUCUGUAGUGUAGUUGGAACGAUAUAAAGUUAAAUACUUCAGUGAAGGCUAUACAAGUGUUUUAUGUUAAAAUUAGAAAUGUAUAGAGGAGCUCGUACGCGCUGUUUUCUCUACUAAUAUAGGAUUUAUGACUGACAGACGGACGGAUAGAUUUAUAUUCACCAUUAAUCACUAAAGACUCGUUACAGGUCUGUCUGAUCAGGCGUUCAAGCAGGUUCUCACGUUCACGCAAAUCAAAUGUUCCAUCAGCAGAAUUAAACGUCUUACUAAACCA